AAUCUUCAUUGGUUCGCAACCAUUUCAAACCAGUCCUCCCACAACAUGCAGAAACAGAACCAAUAAUCUCCUAACAAAUAAAAUUACAUCCAAAUAUAUGUAUAUAUUCAAUCUUGCAAAUGGAGAAGAUAAUUCCUUCAGGAAAAAGCAUUAGUAUCGGCAACAAUGGAUGUAACGGCUCCGGCAGCCCUGUGUCGCGAUUGUUCAUCACUUCCAGCAUUAAAAGGAAUGAUUUGAGUACACAACGCCCUGGCGAUGAAGAUUCCUUGGAUAAUGUUGCAGAAAAGGCCGAUCAGAUAUGCCGUGAUGUUGAUCAAUUCAUCUCCGUCCUCUCUGAAAGCGACCGUAGCUCCAGUCUGCCGAACAUUCCCGACGCCGUCGAAGAUCUAUGCAAGAUCGUGGAGUCAAGGACUGCCGAGUAUGUUUCCAGAAAAAACCAGAUCCGAUUUGGUAAGGUAACAGAGGAGGACGGCUCCUUCAUUGAUGCCGUCAUACGGUUGUCGAAAUUGAGCAAUGUGUUCAACGAUUUUCCGGCAGGCUCGACGACGUCGUCGUGGUUGAACCGGAUCGGAAUUGUGUUGCAGCGGGCGAUGGCUUUCAUGGAAGAAGAGUUGCCUGUCUUAUUGGAAGGUUCGAGACAUUUCUCGGAUUCUAAUGUGAGGAAAUCGUUGUCCUUGGAUUCUAGGGAUGAAGAUAGAGAUACAUCUCCACGCGAAUCCGAAUCUAUCGGGAAGGAUAAUUAUCCGGCGUGUUCACCGGAGGCCGUGGCUGCAAUUAGCCGCAUAGCCUCAGCCAUGAUCGCGGCUGGAUAUGAGAACGAAUUCUGCCAGGCCUAUUCGAUCUCGCGGAGAAAUGCGUUCUCUGAACAGAUGAAGAAAUUCGAUUUCGAGAGGAUUAACGUGGAAGAUGUUCAGAAAAUGCCUUGGGAUACUCUGGAAGGGGAGAUCACGAGAUGGAUGGGAGUGAUGAAAUUCUGCUCAGAGACAUUAAUUCCGGGAGAACGGAGACUCGCCGACUCUAUUUUCUCCGAUCAUCCGCCGCUCUCCCACACCGUCUCCACCAAUUUCACUCGUCCGGUGGUGAUUCAGCUCAUGGACCUGGCGGAGGUGGUGUCGAUGACGAAACGCUCCGCCGAGAAGCUCUUCAAAUUCCUAGACAUGUACGAGACCAUCUGCGAUCUCACCUCCACACUCCGCGAUUGGUGCUCCGACGGCAGCCUGAGCGAGAUCAGACACGAGAUCGCCGCCGUCGGAGAUCGAAUCGGAGAAGCUGUCGUCAGCCUUUUCCUCGACCUCGAGAACUCGAUCCGAAACGACGUGUCGAGAACUCCGGUCCCCGGCGGAGCCGUGCACCCUCUGGUGCGCUACGUCAUGAACUACCUGGAGUACACUUUCGAAUACAAAGACACAUUAGAACGGAUCUUCAACCAACACGGCGGUCCGGACAUGAUCCAACCGUCACUCGGCUCACCCUUCGACGGGAACAACUCAUCGCCAGCACCGGAACCAGAUCCAGAGAUCAAAACGACACCAUUCUCCACACAAAUCGUGACGGUCAUGGAUCUCCUAGACGCGAAUCUACAAACCAGAGCAUCGCUGUACAGAGAUCCAUCCCUGCGCGACAUAUUCCUGAUGAACAACGGCAGAUACAUUCUCCAGAAAGUGAAACGGUGCGGCAAGAUGCACAAACUGAUGGGCGACGAUUGGUGCCGGAGGAGAUCCGGGAUCGUCAGACAAUUCCACAAGAGCUACCAACGGGAAACAUGGGGGAGGGUGUUGAGAAUCCUGAACCACGACGGAUUGCAGGUGAACGGGAAAAUCGCGAAGCCGGUUCUGAAGGAGAGGUUCAAGAGCUUCACCGCCGCAUUCGAGGACAUACACAAAACACAGAGCAGUUGGGUGGCCAGCGACGAGCAGCUACAAUCGGAGCUCCGGGUAUCGAUCUCGUCGGUGGUGAUUCCGGCUUACCGGUCUUUUCUGGGGAGGUUCAGACAGUGUCUUGAGAAUUCUAAACAAGCGGAGAGAUACAUAAAGUAUCAGCCGGAGGACAUUGAGGCUUUGAUAGAAGAGUUAUUUGAGGGCAAUCAGGCGUCAAUGGUAAGGAGGAGAGCAUAGCCAUUUGCGAGUUCAUCACUUUAAUUACAAUUUACAAAGAUGAAGUCUACCAUUUCUUUCUCCUUCUCAACUGUUAAAAACUCAUAAUCAUAACCAUAACAUAGUAGAGAUAUAGUAGCAUGAAGUAUAUCAACAAACAAAACGAAUUUUUGUUAGCUAAUGGAUUACUCCCUUCCUUGUAGUAUUUUUGUCUUAUUGCAAUUUAUCACGCAAUUUUUUUAUGUGUUGUACAGUUCCUAUUUAAGUUAUAAAUUUAUAUUGGCGUU